UGGUGGCCAUCCAAUGGGUUUGCCUUUAAUGUACCACUCUGAUUACAGAUUCUCCAUUUUUGUCUUUGCUUCCACUCUCAUACAGAUGCAUAUUUCGUCUAUCUUCACUUCUUCUUCUUUUCAUUGCUCUUGAUCUUCAUCUGCUUCGAUUCCCUCCUCUUCGUCAUAUACUAUGCUUCACGAAGCUUCAACAAAACAUGAGGGAGAACUUGAAGUUAGCUUUGGUUAUAAAUGCAAUGGUAACAUAGAUGAAAUCCGUGAGGUUUCCGACAAGUUUGAGAUCCAGCCUGGACUUCAAAGGAUCAGCAGUUUCUCUUGCUUAUCUGGGGCUGCCUUGAGUGCAAAUGCUACCCUAGCAAACACAAAUAUAUGCAAUGGGUUAAUAGGAGAAGAAAUUCUUCCGACCUGGGACUCUCCUAACUCCUUCCGUAAGGUUCCCUCAUCACCUACUCUUUCAAGGUUGGAUAUAUUGUCCACGUCGAUGCAGAGUAGUCUGUCAAACUUAAGCUGCAGUCCAUCUACCCCAACAUCUGAAUAUGAUUCAUACUUAUCGAAAUCCAUGAGUGCCCCUUCCGGAAGUGAAGGUUUUCUUAAUGUUAAGGAAGUGCAAGUGGCAGGUGGAGCUGCCGGUGAGGACAGGGUCCAAGCUGUUUGUUCUGAAGAAAAUGGAUGGCUAUUUUGUGGAAUUUAUGAUGGUUUUAAUGGAAGAGAUGCAGCUGAUUUUCUUGCUGGCACAUUGUAUGAGACCAUCGUAUUUUAUUUUAACCUACUAGAUUGGGAAGCUAAGAAUGAAGCCUCCGACGGUUUGGACAUGGAUAAUUCACAUCCUCUGGAUGAUGGUAGCAUUACUCAUGAAAGAUUUUCUCCUUUGAAAAACAAUAGUAAAAAUGCUUCAGAUAUCCACAGUGUAUUCGAGAACCAUUCAUAUGCCAAAGCAGGAAUGACAAACUAUCCUCUGAGGCAUGGGGUGCUUGAUAGCCUCCAGCGUGCUCUUAGUCAAGCAGAGAAUGAUUUUCUGCACAUGGUUGAACAGGAAAUGGAGGAUCGUCCUGAUUUAGUCUCUGUUGGAUCAUGUGUUUUAGUUGUUCUUCUUCAUGGAAAGGAUUUAUACACGCUAAAUUUGGGUGAUAGUAGAGCAGUACUAGCUACCCUUGACGUGAGAGGAAAUGGGGGACUGAAAGCUGUCCAGCUCACUGAGAGUCACACUGUGGAUAAUGAACUUGAGAGAGCACGGCUACAUCAUGAUCAUCCUGAUGAUCCGACAAUCAUUGUUGGUGGGAAAGUUAAAGGAAAACUAAAGGUGACUCGUGCUUUUGGAGUUGGCUACUUGAAGUCGAAAAAGUUUAAUGAUGCUUUGAUGGGUAUUCUUCGAGUUCCUAGCCUAAUAAGCCCUCCCUAUGUUUCCACUCAACCGGCAUUGUCUAUCCAUAGGAUAUCAAAAUCAGAUUGCUUUGUUAUAGUUGGAAGUGAUGGUUUGUUUGACUUUUUUGGCAAUGAGGAAGCAGUGAACCUUGUCCGUUCAUAUAUCUUGAGCAACCCUACUGGUGAUCCUGCAAAAUUUUUACUGGAGCAGCUCCUAUUGAAAGCAGCUGAUUGCGCAGGUUUUAGCAAGGAAGAAUUAAUUACCAUUCCAGCCGGCAGGAGAAGGAAAUAUCAUGAUGAUGUAACUGUUAUUGUAAUCAUCCUUGGAACAAAUCAGCGCACCACAAGGGCAUCUACUAGCAUGUAGACGUGCGGCCAUGCAUCAUCAUCAUCCUUGAGUAAAGGCUUGUAGUUAAGAUGACAACUUGAUCCAGACAGCCCCACAGUAAGUAAACUUAUUUGCAGAAUUGCAAAUAAGGGAAGAGAGAGCACUCCCAUUUCCCCACGCAACAUAACUUUGAUUGACAGAGAAGUGAAGGUAAAAGGACAACACAAUUAACAACGUAGAUGGAAACAGCAAAGACCCUUAGCUUCCUCUGUGUCGCAGCAGUUCCAAGUCUUGUUGACAUUAAAGUGGUAGGUGCUCUCAUUAUCUGAUCUUAUUCUUAUGUAUGCACCAUAUUUACUUCUUCUCUUUCUCUUACAAAAUCUGCAGUUUCUCAUUUCCCUUCCCUUUCACUCUUUCUCAGCUCCCCAACUUCCUUCUAUUGGAUUUUUGUAUAUAGUUUUGUUUUACAGAGCUAUGGCAAACAUUAUGUGUUGCUUUAAAUGAUGUAAAUAUAGUUUGAUUUCUUUUUCAAAUCACUGAGGUCCCCUUUGGUUCAUAGAUUUGGAUAAGAUGUUUGUAUAAACUUAGGAGUUUUGGUGGUCUAUGUAUGAAUUAUGUGGAGAAAUAGGUUUCAAUUUCUGGUUAUCUUGAGAGAUGAACUUUAAACAUGUGUGUUUGUUUGUAAAUGAAAAUUUCAGAGCUUCAAAUGA